AUGGACCCAGAACCAAAUACUCUAACGGCGCCAGACUUGCUGCCGGCUGCGCACGCGCAAUUUCACGAGCGGCGAUACGAGAGGGCAGAAGAGCUCUACAGCCGUUACAUCGAGUAUUGCGCAUGCUCUACCGAGAGCAAAUGCUCUCGUCAUGAUCUUGCAACUGCACUUAACAACAGAGGACAGAUAAAGUAUUUGAGAGUUGACUUCUUUGAAGCAAUGGAUGAUUAUACAUCAGCUAUAGAAGUUCAGCCUGAUUUUGAAGUCCCCUAUUAUAACAGAGGAUUAAUACUUUAUAGGCUAGGAUUCUUUGAUGAAGCUGUGAAGGAUUUCAAGAAGGUCUUAGAGCUAAAUCCUAAAUUUGAAGAUGCUACUUUGAGUUUAAAGCAGACUAUCCUUGAUAAAGAAGAAAAACAGCAACGAGGCUAUUAAACACCUGCCACAAGUGAAGUACUUAACAACUUGAGACUGGAUUGCCUGUACAAUGAUUGUAUCCUGGAUUUUUCCUAUUUUAGUCUUAACACUGAGAUAAAAAACUUUCCCAAUGUAAUUUGGAUAAUAAUUGAAGUGUAAAUUGUUAGAAGCAAUUAUCUGUAAUUGUAGGACUAGAAAAAAUCCUACUCAUACUUGGCUUAUUGUAACCUUUGCCCAUAGUACAGUAUAGCUAAAAGCAAGUCUUCAGAGUCAAUAUAGAUUUUGUUUAGUAACAGCAAACAAUUUUAAAAAGGCUUUAGGGAAGACUAAAAUGGAUCUGCAUUCAGUAGUGCUGAGAUCUUAUUACAAUCCUGCCAAGUUAAACACAUGCUUAAUACAGCAGAACAAUGCCUUUUUGGUAGAAGUCAGAGUUGUGUGUGUGUGUGUGUUUUUGGGUUUUUUUGGUAAAUGCCCUCUUGGGUCAUUGCUGUAGUCAGGAGACAAGUACAGAUAUUCUACUUCAGUUGUGCACUCAACUUGUCAGUUUUAGAAAAUCAGUCCCUGUUCUCCUAACUUACAAGGCAUUGGUAAGGACACACAAGAUUAAGCUUGAGUACUCUUCAAUUUCAGUGCAAUGACAUUAGAUGGGUGAUAUUGUAUUGAAGAACAACAUUUUCCAUGGUUCUCUCUGUGUGUCAUGUAAAUAAGCAAGACAGGUAAACAAACAAGUCUCUAGAACUGGUCUAGAGGAACUUCUUAGUAUGCUGUGACAACAGCUGCUGGGGUGCUUAAGCAGGGAUACGAUAUAUGCUUGAUUAUACAGUGUCCUACCUGGAAUUGCCCCUGUUCAUUCUUUUUGAUAGUUAUAAAACAGAAAGACUGAGUUCAGUAUUAAAAGAUCUGUGGAUACUCUA